UGAUAGUUAAGGCUAGUAGCGGUCCUAGAUAUGUUGUUGGUUGCCGAAGCAAAGUUGAUAAAGAUAAGCUGACAUCUGGGACACGUGUAGUACUUGAUAUGACCACCCUUACAAUAAUGCGUGCUCUUCCUCGAGAGGUUGACCCUGUUGUUUACAACAUGCUUCAUGAGGAUCCUGGCAAUGUAAGCUAUUCAGCUGUAGGAGGUUUAUCUGAUCAGAUUCGGGAACUUCGUGAGUCCAUCGAAUUACCAUUGAUGAAUCCUGAACUAUUCCUUAGAGUGGGGAUUAAACCUCCCAAGGGUGUUCUUCUGUAUGGCCCUCCUGGAACUGGAAAAACUUUAUUGGCCAGGGCAAUUGCUAGUAAUAUAGAUGCAAAUUUCCUAAAGGUUGUAUCCAGUGCCAUUAUUGACAAAUAUAUUGGUGAAAGUGCUAGAUUGAUAAGGGAGAUGUUUGGUUAUGCAAGAGAUCAUCAACCAUGCAUUAUUUUCAUGGAUGAGAUUGAUGCCAUUGGUGGUCGCCGGUUUAGCGAGGGAACUAGUGCUGACCGGGAAAUUCAAAGAACACUAAUGGAGCUGCUCAAUCAGUUGGAUGGAUUUGAUCAACUUGGAAAGGUUAAAAUGAUCAUGGCAACGAAUCGGCCUGAUGUUCUCGACCCAGCUCUUCUCCGUCCGGGUCGGUUGGACCGGAAGAUAGAGAUCCCUUUGCCAAAUGA